ACAUGUGGCUGACUUCGCCAACUUGGCCUGUGCAUCUGGCAAGUUCCAGAAGCCACGCCACCGAUCGUGAGUGUCUGAUUAUCCAUCAAUCGAGCAUACUGGCAUUAUCCAUCCAGCUACCCAUAAAAGGCGACCUGAGAGCCGAGAGAAGCCAGAUCGAGCGAGCGUUUUCUCUUCUGGCAGAUCGAACUUGUACCAACAGCUAAAUCACUACUAGCAGCGGCGGACUGCAGGAGUGGACGAACGGACGACGAUGGCUGCGCCAGCGCCGCAUCAGGGGCAGGGGCAGCAGGGCGACCACCACCAGCCGAAGCUGCAGAAGGUGAUGGUGGCGGUGGACGAGAGCGAGUGCAGCGGCCACGCGCUGGAGUGGGUGCUGCGGAACCUGGCGCCCACGCUGGCGCCGCCGCUGCUGGUGCUCACCGUGCAGCCGCACUUCCCCCUCGGCUAUGUCUCCGCCGCGGCCUUUGGCGCACCUCUGGGCACCGUUCCUCCGGUAGCUCCGGAGCUCAUCAAGUCGAUGCAGGAGCAGCAGAGGCAGCUCACGCAGGCGCUCCUCGACAAGGUCGUGGCCAUCUGCGCUGAGCAUGGGGUUGCUGUAGAGACAAUUGUUGAGGUAGGAGAUGCAAAAGAGAUGAUAUGUGAGGCAGCUGAGAUGAAAAAUGUUGAUCUGCUGGUUCUUGGAAGCCACAGUCGUGGGCCAAUACAAAGGUUGUUUCUUGGGAGCGUCAGUAACUACUGCGUACACCAUUCAAAGCGUCCAGUUCUUGUUGUGAAGAACCAAGGCUGAAGGUUCCUGUUCCUGAACAAAUCAACUCCCUGGUCGUCCUAAUUAUGUUCGGGGUAUUUAUCAACAAAUAUGUAAGAAGUAUUACUUUAGCCAAACACAUUGGCAAAUAAAAUAGCUUGCUUCUGGGAGGGCCGAGGAUGGCAAAGGAGGGGUUCCUUUUUUUUCCUUGUCAGUUUGUCUUGCUUCCGGACUGGCAUAUAUACGUUAUGGUCUCGCAGGGUUGUAAAUAAGAACUAGUAUGAACUUUGUGCGUGUUUAUGCUUGAUGUCAGUUAUUCUGUUAUGGCCUGGCUGCUCAUAAACAUCUUUGGGGUACUCUCAAAAUAUAUUCAUUUUCCAUUGAUAUCCAAAAAGUGAACACCGUUUGUACA